UCAAAUAAUUAUAAAAUAUAUAUUUGAAAGGAUAAAAAUGGGACUAAUUGGGUUGGUCGAGGUUGAACCAUUGAAUAACUUUAAAAUACAUUAUAUUUUAGCCACUAAGAUAUAAAAUAAUAGCAUAAUAUAUAUUAUGUCAGAGAAAAUAGCUUGUUUUAGAAUGGCAAACCAAUGAUGUUCAUUUGUUUUACUUGAUGACCAAAUCCCAUGUAGGUCAGGCUCAUUCAACUCUUUUGUUUUAUGGUUAGCGGUUAGCCCAUUAGAUACCAUGCAUUAGUUUAUUGUUAAAUUUUUUAUUUUUAUUAAUAAAAAGGAGUAUUAUUUUUGUCUUUUCAUAUAUAUUUUAUCACCACGGAGAAAUAAAAGGGUAUAAAGAAAAAAAUUGACACUCCUGGACCCGUUUAAAUCCGCAUGUGUACGGUAAGUUGGCCCGUUCCACAAAGAAAAGAGAAAAAAAUUGACACUCCAUAUUCCACCAUUCCUACAAACGCUCCUGGAAUAGGAAAUUUGAAAUAGGGGAAGAGUUUUUCCCACCCUGCUAUUAUAUGUUUUUAAUUUAAAAAGAUACAACAAAUGUAUUUAGUGUGAUUGGUUAUGAUCUUUGCCUUUCUUUAAAAUGGUCAUGGUUUGAAUCCAAGUAUGUAUCUUUUUAAUGAAUAAAAAAAAGUAAUUGUGAAGACCAAAAUGUCCUUCCUACUUUCACUCUCAUUGCAGGAAAUUUGAAAUGGGGCUCCCGUUUUCCCCUUCGGUGUAUUAUAUUAUGUGUAGAUAUAUCAUAAAUUUCUUAGAUUCUAAUUACUAUGAGAUAAAUUGAUAUACAUACCAUGAUAUAAACAACUAAAAAUUAUUAACUGAAUGAUUUAAUACUUGCACUCGAGCCAAUCUCGUGGACUAAUUUAUGAAUCGAGUUUGAGUAACAUACAAACCAAAAUUUAUGUAACGAAUGGACCUCAAAUUAGGUCAAAACCGGAAUCAAAUGCUAUCCACUGGGAAAUCUCGCCCUACCGAGUUCUAAGCAAGAAAAGGCCCUUUUCACUAUAGAAGUGGACCGGGCCGAGAAGACUGGCCACGUUAUCAUGGGCCGAAAGGAGAAGGGGCACAAGCUUGGCUUGUUCGCUCUCGGCCGAUAAGAAAAAAAUGAAAAAUAAUAAAAAGGGAGAAAGGAGCGCUUAGCGGCAAGGACGACGAAGAGAUUUCACCACAAAAAGAAAGUUGGAAAGGAAGAGAAGGAGAAAAACAAGGCGACUCCGAUAGUGGGAAGAAAAGGAGAACAAGGCGGCGUCAGCGCGGACGAGAGCGCUGAGCGGGGACGGUCGUGGAGCUUGCUUGUCUGGCCGACUCCGAUACUGGUAAUCAGAGUUUUCCUCCUCCAUCUUUUAUUUUUGGUUGAAACUGAAAUACUCGAUCUCUUCUCUUGUACGCAAAAUCUCGAAUCCCCUGCUAACGGAGUUUUUCUUCCUUGUCGGUAUGGCGUGCGGAAUGGCCACCGUAGAGCGCUAGAAAUUGGAGAUGAGAUCAAAGAGAUACGUCGAGAAUUAGAAGAAACUGUAUGCUCUGCAGCUGGAGCUCGAACGGAGAAACGUUUGCUUUAUUAUCGUGUUCUUAAAUUGAGAUCAAGAACUUCUCGUUUCCAUGUCGAAACGGGUGCUGUGCAAGUUUUUUGCCCAUGGAGCAUGCUUGAAAGGGGAGCAUUGUGAAUAUUCCCAUGACUGGAAAGAUCCAUCAAGCAAUAUUUGUACCUUUUAUCAGAAGGGGAAUUGCUCUUAUGGGAGUCGGUGCCGGUAUGAACAUGUUAAAGCCUCUAGACCACAGUCUGCUGGUUCAUCUUCUAUGACUGUUCCUUCUGGCAAUGGAAGGAUUGGACCCUAUGGUGUUACAACAGUUCAUGGUUUGCCUUCAGAGCUCUCCCCUGGCAGCCAACCUUUCCUUCCGUCCAAUCAUCUUGCAUGGCAUUUGGGAUCUGGGGAUCGUGAGUUCUGUGAACCUGAUGUUACCGUGGAGCUGCAAAAUAUGAAACCAUCAGAUCGUCCACUUUGUUCUUUUGCUGCGGCUGGAAAUUGCCCUAGAGGAGACCAGUGUCCACAUGUUCAUGGUGACUUGUGUCCCAGCUGUGGGAAGAAUUGUUUGCAUCCUUUCAGGCCUGAGGAAAGAGAUGAGCAUAUGAAGACGUGUGAGAAGAUGCAAAAGCACCUUGAUGCGUUGAAGCGCAGCCAAGAAAUAGAAUGUUGUGUGUGCUUGGAUAAAGUGCUGUUGAAGCCAGCGGCAGCAGAAAGAAAGUUUGGCGUGCUCUCUGAGUGUGAUCAUCCAUUCUGCAUAGGUUGUAUUAGGAAUUGGAGAAGCAGCUCACCAACUUCUGGAGUCGAACCGAGUUCUAUGUCGAGGACAUGCCCAGUAUGUCGCAAGCUAUCCUAUUUUGUGGUUCCCAGUGUGAUCUGGUAUUUCUCCCAAGAAGACAAGACGGAAAUCAUUGAUACCUACAAGGCAAAGCUUAGGUCAAUUGAUUGCAAACACUUCAACUUUGGAAAUGGAAACUGCCCAUUUGGCUCCAGUUGCUUUUACAAGGUAAACCUGACUCCAAUUCUUACUUCUGCAACAUCGAUGGCCAUGCUUUUGUCAGUAUUACUGUCUGAACAUGUUAUACCAAGUAUGUUUUGCAAUAAACACUUACCAUAUCCUUCUAAUAUAUUGUGUGAUAAGUUCCCACCUGUAAUGCUGUCAACUUUUCUGUUGUCUUUUCCAUCUGUGAGAUGAAUUUCACCUAGAUGGUUUAAAUCUCCAAAUAUGCAAGUGGUGUCCAUGUGCUUCUCUUUUUGUGUGUUCUUACGUGUUAUGACUGGCUGACCAGCUAGGUGCUGCUAGCCUGACGGCUUAUCACAAUUACUGUUGUUAAAAGGUGGAAGGUAUAGCUCUUGGUCCAAGAUGAUCACAAGCUUUUGAGUGUUGAUCUGUGCAUUUUCUUGCUCAAUUGAUCCCCUACAUACCAGUCUAACUUCACAAUUACACAGUUUGUCCUCACCAGUUAAUGGCACAGGGUCAUUUGUUCGUUUUCCAGUCUGCAUUGUAGUAAUCUUCCAGAUAGUAUCGAGACCAGCUUGUAGUCAACACUUUUCCUUCUCAUUUUCCAGUGUGCUGUACCAUUUUGUCCUCUGUUGAGUAUUAAUUCAGGAGAAUGUUAACUUCAUGACUCCUUUAAUGGGUGUAAUGUUCUGUUGUAUUCCAGCAUCAUGUCAAGCCUGGCUCUUAUAUGUGGAAACAUAACAGACCACCUCCACGGAGGCCUUUUCCACGCAACUCCAAUGCUUUGGAUUUUCCAGCAUUGUAUAUGCAGAGAAUAGCAGAGGAUGAUGAUGAUGAUGAUGAUCCCUGGGAUCCUGAAUUCCUUGAUUAUGAUGACUUCAGUGAUCCGUUUAAUCCGGACAAUCUCGAUGUUGAAGAAUUUCCCUCCUUGGAUGAUGAUUUGACACCUUUCGAAAUGGCUUUAUUACUAGCUACCCUCCAUUGUGGAACCCCUGACUAUUCUAGUGACGAGUAGGGUUGUUAAGCUAUCUGUUGGGGAUGCCUCGCUCAGUGUUUAGUAGUUUGGAUUUUGUCUAUGCAGCAGGAGUGAAGAUUCUAGUUGUUGAAGCGAUCAAGUAUCUGUUCCCUGUGAACAUUUGACUUUUGAACUGUGGAAUUCUUCCAUUGUGUUGACUCCCUGUGUUCAUACAAUUUUCUGAUAGUUAAUAUUGUUCUGCUGGUAAUUGGGAGACUGAAUUUGUGUGCAUGAGCGUGCUGCUUGUUCAUGGUGGAGUCUUUUUUGUUGUUGAAAGUUUAUAAAUGGAAGUGGAAUGCAAUCGUUGUGUUGUCAUGAUGCAUUAUGCUGUGUGUUAGUGUGUUUACACUAUGCAGAGAUAUCUCAAAGAGCAUAUAAUUUGCUUUGAAUGCAUGUAACAAUGAGUUUUCCAUCUCUUACAGCAUGCAUACAGAGAUGGACGUCUCGAGGAAGUGGUAUUGCGCCACCUUGGUUCUGAAGAUGGGCACACAGUCAUAGCCAAAAAUAUCAGGUCAUUAGUACUCUCCCAUAUCUCUCUCUCUCUCUCCGAUCAAUGUGAUUUGCUGUACUGAUGCGUCCAAUGGGUUGUCUCUUGAUGCUUGUUCGUUUCGUUUUUCAGGCUGUCGGAUUUCCUUCGCGAUCUCCGAAUUUAGCUGCAUACAGUUGCACUUGAGAAAGGAACUAUACUGAUGCUCGAUUCCUCGACAUGAGCUGGAAUUUUAUGUACAGUUCGCAUACUUUCAGGGAUCUCAUUUACAUUCUUGCAACCAUAAAGAGACCCUGGUGAAGGGCCGAAUACAGCAAGAAAACAUAAAGAGAGAGUGUCAAACUGUAUACUUACCUGUGGUAGCAGCCGCCGUCCCGCUCUUAUGCGAGGCCGAAGCUAUAGCGAACAGUUUUUUGAAACAAAUACAUGUACUUGGUUAUACAGAAAAGUGCAGAAACAGGUCAUUGGUCCUUAGACAUUCUUCCCUAAGACUCGGGAACAUGAUGUCCAAUAAGCAUGGUCAUAACAAGUGCAGAGCAGCUCGUUAGUCUGCAACAUUCUUAGCCAGGCACUCACUGAAUAUUUACAUGAGAAGCACAUAUUUUUUGGCUUGUCUAAUGUGCUGAUAACUACUUAGCUGCAAAAACUAGGCUUGCAACAUGCAAAGAAUUCGCGAGAUUCGAAUCGAUCGAUGUUUUAAUGUCGUCGUCGUCCUGCUGCUUAGAUGAGUGCAAAUAUGAUACUUUAAGUUGGAACGUGAUAAUACAAAUGACUAGAGACG